GAAUGCCUCUUUAGUUUACCGCACCAUUUCCGGAACAGGGAGGAGCGGGUGAUUAUUCUCACGGAUAUACAUACAAAUUUGUCCGAUUUGGUUGAUGCUGGAUCGUGAAACUGCAGCCGCUGCGAAAGUAGAUCAUUUGUUUACAUAUCGUUCAGCUCCGGUCGCUCACAGCUUCCUCUCCCGUUACCCCCGUCUCAGGUUGGAUUCACCGCCGUGGCCGAGCAGGAUGAUCGACUUCCGAGCGUGGGCGGAGUACGUCGUGGAGUGGGCCGCCAAAGACCCGUACGGCUUCCUCACCACUGUCAUCCUGGCCCUCACCCCUCUCUUCAUCGCCAGCGCCCUGCUCUCCUGGAAGCUGGCCAAGAUGAUCGAGGCGCGCGACCGCGAGCAGAAGAAAAAGCAGAAACGUCAGGAGAACAUAGCCAAGGCCAAGAGGACCAAGAAAGACUGAUCCUGAGUGGGACAAGAUGGGGGCAAAAAAAAUCACGCGCGUAGCCCUCUUUAUUCCAAGUAAAGACACGGUGCCCUUCCUUGUCCCAGCUCUGCUGUCAACAAAGGGCCACUACUCUUCAUGUCCAGGGUAGGAGGAGGGACGCUGGGCUCGCAGACCUAACAGUGCUGAGAUGGACAGUACUGCCCGGAAGAGGCUUGUCCCAGUGGGACUUCGGUCAGCAAGAGCACAGUGGUCAUCUGUAUGAUGUUUUUUUUUUGUACAGAGAUCUGCUGUUAUAUUGUGCAGCUGUUGCAACACCUUGCAUUCCUUUGUUAGCAUCCCCUCUGAUGAUGAUGAUGUAAUGAGUAUACUGGAACUUUGACGACUUGCAAGCUAUCCAAAUUUAUUACUUUCUGAUCAAUAAAGUUUUCAAGGUUGAUAAGAAAA